AUGGGCAAACGAGGGAAGCGAGCUGGGCGACGUCGCCGGCCUCGCGACACAGAACGUGAAGCCCAUCGGCCCCCGAAGAGAAUCCGCAACGCGGGGACCGAAGGGGCUGAUUGCAGUUCCUCCUCUGAGAGCUCGGAAGGCUUAGGCAUCGACUCUGGGGCUAGACCAGCUCGACCUCUUACGGUGUUCUCAGUUGGCGCCGCCAGCAUGGCAUCCACCACCAAUCCGGCUUCGGGCUCCCAGCCUCCUGCUUCCGGGCCACGUGCAGAGGAUGCAGACCAGUUUUUCGAUGUCAGUGACCUUCGAGUCGAAAGAUCUCCGGAGGAGUUCAUGGCACUUGCUGCAGCCUUAGGACGCAAUUACGCUGUCCCGGCUUCUGCCUCCACCCGUCAUGAACCUGCACAUCGACCUCCGAUGCCACCGGUCGCCUCAGUGCGGAGUCAUACAGGUGGAAGGCACUGGCCUGCAGGAGCAUUGCCGCCUCGACCGGGACCUCCAGAGCAUUCGGCAAGUGAUCGUGGGGGCCCUUCUGCCACUAUAGCUGCCGAUCGGACUGAAGCCAGUUUGCGGCCACGAAGGUUUCCGGUCUCGGAAGUUCAAUUCCACACGGCGAUUGGUGGGGCAAGGGCGCAUGUAGGAGGGAGCUUCACUGGUGUGCAGACCCCGGCCGAGUCGCCCGAGGUGGAAAGGCCGGUUCGAGCUUUUGCUAAGCCCACACCUAAGGUGCGCGGACGAGGCCGCCCUGUCACCGCUGCUCCUGUUGCAGAUGUGGGGAUUUCGGAUAUUUCUGGUGCCACUGCAGGGACAGACUACAUCUCCCCUGCUACGGAGGAAACACCAGGACUCACGCGGGACGAGGUGGCUGCGCCGGUACCACCUGAGUCGACUUCACAUGCGGUCGAGUGUUGUACGGAGGAAACUACAGAGCCUGGGAUCGCUGGUCAAAUGGCAGAGGUUACCGCGCCGGUGGCAGAGGUAGCGAGGUCUGUACCUACUCUGGAUACCCAGGUAUGGGACGACACAUCAGAGGAGGACGAAGAGGAUGACCACGACGAUGCCGAGUUGACCAGGUUGCGUCGUCGGGGAGACUUGCCUGUCCGAGGGAACAUCUCCACCGGCCUACCGUCUGGAGUCGCCCGGCUGAAGCGUGAUCAAGCCACUGGCCGUAUCCGGGUAGUCAGACCUCCCGGCUAUCAUCUCGCCCAUGGCGGGCACACCAUCGCUGUCGACGAUAGCUUUGUUGUGUAUCUUGACGAGCUUAGAGGCUUCGACAGACGCCCGAACGAUGCGCGGCCGUACAUGCAGGGCCGGGAUGGGUCUGGAGUCUUCAGGAGCCGCGCGGGUGCAGGCGCCCUCAUUUGUUAUUUUAUGCUGAGGUUUAUUGGGACAGAGCUGUUUGCCUCCGACUUUGCCUGGUUGGAGGCUUCAUGUGUUCCCUCGCCAUCUAGCCACAGUGGCCCCGGUUGGUGCCAGGAGCAGCUCAGGCUGCUCAAUCAGAGUCUCAGUGUGCACAAUACAGGAUGCAGAAGCCUUGCCGGACAAGCUCGGCUCUUACUCGAGGCGUUGCCCUCCGCAGGCUCCCGCGAAGCCUCUGGGAACACGGGGAGUGGAGCCUGGUACAAGGGCCGUUGGUACGAUCAGAACAAUGCCUCGGCCUUACAGCAGCCACAGUCCCAGUACUCUUCGGAGUUUACCAGCUCUUUCACCCAGGUUCACUACGUUAUGUGGAGCCCCUGCCCGGACGCCUGCAUCGCGUACAAUUCAGUCGCCGGUCGCAGCCUUGUGAUCUGA